AUGUUUUUAUUUUGUGACAUAUUUGAUGGAACGAAGAGCGACGAACCAAAUGAAUCAAAAGACGAGCAGGAACAUAUAAAAUUUGCAGUUUUUGAUGGUAAACUCACACUCGACAUUUAUUAUUUUAGAAUUAUAGGCCAUAUAAUAGGCAAUAAAAACUCUUGUCGUAAAAGUCAUAGUCAAAAUAGUAGUAAAAAUAUCACGUAA